AUGACGUCCAUACUACCUUGUGUAAUCGUUUCAAUCAUUUUAGCUUAUUCCGUUUUGCCUAUAGAGUCUUUAAAUGUGAUUGGUCCUUUUGCUCCAGAUGUGGCUGUAUAUGAGGGGUCCUUUGCCGAAGGUGGCCGUUACCGAAUGAUUUGUCGUGACGCUACGAAUGACCGUACAGUGUUUUACGGCUCGAUAGCUGUGUCUCUUAUCUUCCGAGAGGGGGUGGAGCAAAUAUAUGUGGAAGAGUAUAAGCGCGUGGAUACCGUGUAUCUUGAAGUAAAUGCGGUUGAUAGUAAUGGUAGUUCCUUAUCUUCAACACCGAAUGUCUAUAAAAUAUCCGAUGCUUACGCCAUCCCAACAACCAAUGGUGAACUGUAUAGAUUUGUGAAGGGUCCUGUGCUGUUAAAACUUGAUAUUGGUGUCGGUGCACCAAUAAACCCUCGUAUUUUGAGAUUGGAAUCCUUUUAUGGCAGUGCGACUUCUUAUGCGUUUUUGUCAUUGAGCGAUUAUAUACGUUCGCCAUCAUGGAUCGGUAAGCCUGGUUAUCUUGUGUCUACCGUCUAUAAUAGCGAUUUACCAUUGGAUUCUCGUGGUCGUACCACAUCUAUUAUAUCGUUCACGUCGUUUAGGGUAUCUGUUGAGAAAGUAAGUUCUCAUCAUCGGGUGAUGCUUGAAGCCAAGCACUUGAAAUAUAUCGUGGAUCCGAUAUCGGGUUCUAUUAAUUCCGUGAGUGAGAUAUCGCUUCCAGAGGGUUAUUGGAAGCCAUCAGUACAAUUGUGCGGUGUGCUUAUAAAAGAGAGCUUAGCUAUUACCAUUGAUAUUUCCAGAUCUUCUGAGGUCGUUACAAAUUUGAUCGCUGUUCGUAAUGUAUCUAAAGGUGACUGGUUAUAUUCUAAUUACAAGGUCGUUUUGUUUUCCGACGUGAAAUCCGUUGAAGUGGAGGUUGUCAAUACCCCAAUGGAUGCAGUUAUAUACAAAUCGCCGUCUGGUGUUUUGUUAACUCGCGUAGAGCGUUUCGUAAACGUGCAUACCGAGGUUGAAUAUUUGAUAACGCACGAGUUGCGUCCUUCAGAGGACCAAUUUAUACCUCACACUCAUAUAUUUGAACUAGUAGAUGAAAAUGGUCAUCGUUAUUACGUCGAUCAUUUUAAAAUUCGCAAAUGGCACCUAGAGUCGGUUUUGCGACCUAUUGCUGACGAGGGCAUGCCCGAUAGCCUGUCAGCUGCGUCUCAGGGUUUCAGCAUAUCUAUUGAAGAUGAUGGCAGCGCCGAGUCAUAG